CUGACAUGUCAGUAAACGGUGUGUCAAGAAGGAAAAUUUCUCCAUGUAGUUGUUAAAUAAUGAGCUUCAACGGUUUAUCAGUAACAAAUAUCCGCAGUGUAUUAUAUAAUAUAUAAGGAAGUUGUCAGUAGCCGUUAACUUGCUGUGAUUAAAAUAGUUAUCGCGGAAUGUUACCAAACACCAGUCCUUGUGUAAUAACAAUGGUUUCGAGGUAACGUCGGGCACGUUACGCUUUAUUUUGCUCCAAAUGUCACAGAAAGAAAAUGAAAAUGACAUCUGGGACUAUAAACCUCUUGGCAAGAAAAAGAAGAGGCAUGAAUCGCCGCCUAAAAACACUAAAAGAAAAUGCACUUUCAGGAAAUCCUCCAAGAAAGACGCAUCUUCUCUCUCAAUCAAGCCACAAGACAGGAACGCAAAAGCCAAAGCGGCAGAAAGUGGAGUCAGUGCUACAGCUGGAAUAACAGACGACUGUAACUUAAGCUUAAAUGCACGGGAGCUCAACUCAAAGAGAUCUCCCACAAAAGAAACAAAUCAAAGUGACAGUGCUGCAGCCGAGGGCCCAUCCCCUGAAGACUUCUGCCCCAUCUGUCAGAUGCCAUUCUUCAUUUUGGUUGUGCAGUCCCAAAGAUGGCACGUGGCUGAAUGUAUUGACACCCCCAGGGAUACGUGCACAGAAUGUCCAGAUGGUCUUCGGUGCUCCUCCACCAUUCCAAACCAUUACAAGAAAUUCAACCACACACUUCUGGCCCACAGUCGAGCCAGCAGCGACACAGCCCUCCUCAGUCUGUCCCAACAGGCUGAGACCAGCCUGGAUUGUUUUCCAGGACUGAUCAAAAAUCAGGGGUCUAUUUUAGAUUCUUCACAGCAAACCGCUCUAACUCCUUCUGCGUUAUCCAGUCCUAGCUCCUCACCUCACCAAAGUCACACCGAAACACCUCAGUCAAAACUUACAAAUGGCCUUCUGCUCCUGCGUUCUCCUGGACCAGAGGAUUUUAAGAAAAAGAAAGGCUGGUCGUCAUCUACUAAAAGCCAAAACUCUGUCACUGCUUCUCAAGAAAGUAAUAAAGAGGACUUAUCCAUCCCUGUCAAGGAAAACAGUGGACAGCAGGCUAGUGAAGAUUUACACAAAAGUGAGGAUUCUUUGGAAAAUGAUGACAUGAUAUCCUACUCUCCUCUUUCUGAGUUCCCUGCAGAGACUGAAAUCAAUACUACAGAAUGUAGAAAAUCUCUUUUUAAUGACAGUGCAAUUCAAAAUGAGCAUGAAGACUCGAUGACGCUGUUCAGUGACAGCUUCUCCGGUGAAGAUGAGCUCCUCACUGACUUUAUAAACAGCAAUUCAGGAGCCAGCAAUGUGCAAGGAAAGAAUCUGCCUUCUACAAACACCCAGCUGGGUGCAGUUUCCUCAUUAGCACCCACUAAUCAGUUAGCUGUUGAGACCAGAGCUGCUUCCUCAGGUGGCAAAGAAGCUUCUGAAAUCAAUAAGACUAGUAUUCAGUCUCCACAGAGUAUUGUCUUAGAGCGCCUGAGAGACACUCUUCUGAGCUCAGAUAACUCACACUCCCAAAACUCAAACAGCAUUAUUCAAACAGAGCAACCAGCUUCUCUUCAAGUGCCUUCAUCUCAAACCUCCAUUGUCCAAAGAUCUCAAGCCAUGCCCCCUCAGAAGGGCCACAGCAAAGCCGGUCAAGUCUCGGGUCUCAAACAAACUGACAUCGGGGUGUUUUUUGGCCUCAAACCGCUGAGGGAAAAGGAGAAAGAAGCAGAGAGUGGACCAAAUGACCUCAACGCUUCGUCUACUCCAACGGCUGGGAAGAGCUCGGGACAGAGACGGCAAAGAAGAGAGCGGCAGAGAAAAAAUAAAGCUGACACACCUGCAGAUACGCCACAGGCCACAGAAACCAUUAACCCAUCAGUAGAUGGACAGGGAGAAGUCUGGGGGAGGGGUGGGGCCACAGGGAGGAGGAGGUGGAGGAACAGAGUCAAUGCUGAUGGAGAAGCACAGCUGCCCCGUUGCCCUUUCUAUAAGAAAAUCCCAGGCACAAAGUUUGCCAUUGAUGCCUUUAGAUAUGGACAGAUCGAGGGCAUCACAGCCUACUUCCUUACUCACUUCCACUCAGACCACUACGGAGGCUUGACCAAGACUUCCACUGUUCCCAUCUACUGCAACAGAAUUACAGGGAACCUGGUGAAGAGCAAACUGAGGGUGGCCGAGCAGUACGUCCACAUCCUCCCAAUGAAUACUGAAGUCACUGUGGAGGGGGUCCGGGUCAUCCUCCUAGACGCUAACCAUUGUCCAGGUGCUGCAAUGCUGCUUUUCUUCUUGCCCGAUGGACAGACGGUUCUUCACACCGGAGACUUCAGAGCUGACCCCUCAAUGGAGACCUGCCCUGAGCUUCUCAGCUGCAGGGUACAGACACUCUAUUUGGAUACCACCUACUGCAGCCCUGAGUACACCUUCCCCAGGCAGCAAGAGGUCAUCAACUUUGCAGCCAGCACUGCAUUUGAAUUGGUGACACUCAGUCCACGUACGCUUGUGGUGUGCGGGUCGUACUCGGUGGGGAAAGAGAAGGUCUUUUUGGCGCUGGCAGAGGUUCUGGGGUCUAAAGUUUGCCUCUCUAGAGACAAGUACAACACCAUGUGCUGUCUGGAGUCGGAGCAAAUCAAAGGGCGUCUAACCACCGACUGGAAGGCAGCCCAGGUCCACGUGCUGCCUAUGAUGCAGUUGUCCUUCAGAAAACUGCAGGAUCACCUGGCACGCUUUUCUCGUCAGUAUGAUCAGCUGGUGGCCUUCAAGCCUACCGGCUGGACCUUCAGUCAGCAGACAGAAUCAGUGGAAAACAUUCAGCCUCAGAAAAGCGGCAACAUCACCAUAUAUGGUAUCCCCUAUAGUGAACACAGCAGCUUUCUUGAGUUGAAGCGGUUUGUCCAGUGGCUCCAGCCCCUCAAGAUCAUCCCUACAGUCAACAAUGGCAGCUGGGCCAACAGGAAGGCUAUGGAGAAGUGUUUCAGUGAGUGGCUCAUGGAAGUUAAGAAUAAACGGUGACUUAUUUUCCAGUUUACAACAGGUCUCAGUGACCAAUUUGCUGCCUGUUGGUGCUAAAGGAACACCUUAAUAGUAUGCGAUGCUUGAAGCGUUGUAUGGACUCUUUAUUUUAACGCUAUUUGUUUGAUUAACUUUACAUUUAAAUUUAGAGGAGCGGUUGUGAUUUUUAGACCUGAAAAACUCUGGAAGUUGUGUUAUAUGAACCUGACAUCAUUUAUGUAUUAAACUUACAAUUGGACCAGGGUCAUCCAGACUCUUUUACCAUUUCAUUCAUUUGAUAUGCUGCAGGUGCUGCUCUGAAACUGUGCAAUUUUUAUUGUGUUUUUUUUUUUGUUGUUGUUGUACAUGAUCAAAGUUUUAUGCUGAAGAAAUAAAUAUUUUAAAAUAA